AUGAUUCGACGUGUCCGUGCGAUUUUGUUGGCUCUCGUGGUCAGCUCACUGACCGCUGCUGAUACCACAACAACAAUCGACCCCAAAUCCAACUGGGGUACUUGGGAGGGAUGGGGAACCUCACUUGCCUGGUGGGCUGCUGCCUUUGGGGCGAGAACCGACCUCGCAGAUGUCUUCUUUACUCUGGGCACGACUACGGUCAAUGGCCAGUCAUUGCCGGGUCUUGGCUUCAACAUCGCGCGGUAUAAUGCCGGAGCCUGCAGCACAAACACCUACAACGGGAGUACCAUGGUUGUUUCUCCUAAGAUGAUUCCGUCGCGUCAAAUUCAGGGUUACUGGCUGAACUGGGCCAGCACCGACCCGAGCAGCAGUAGUUGGGACUGGUCUCGGGACUCUAAUCAGCGCACGAUGCUACGCAACGCCCGUGCCAGAGGUGCCAACAUCCUUGAGCUCUUUUCUAAUUCGCCCAUGUGGUGGAUGUGCAAAAACCACAAUCCUUCUGGAUCAGAUGAUGGCAGUAGCGACAAUCUACAGUCGUGGAACUACCAGCAACACGCUGUCUACAUGGCCGCCAUUGCCAAGUACGCGAGCCAGAACUGGGGUCUUACAUUCCAGUCUGUGGACGCAUUCAAUGAGCCGUCUGCCAAUUGGUGGAAUGGAAAAACAGGGACACAGGAAGGUUGCCACUUCAAUGUUGCCACGCAGGCAACGGUGCUCGGAUACCUUCGAAGCGAGCUCGAUAGCCGCGGUCUGACUGGGACUCUUAUUUCCGCAUCAGAUGAAACCUCAUAUGACGCCGCCGUAUCGACAUUCAAUUCGCUUGGGUCCAGUGCCCUCAGCAAGGUCAACCGCAUAAACGUGCAUGGGUACCAGUACGGUGACGGAAGGCGAGACACUCUGCAUUCACUGGCCUCUUCAGCAGGCAAGAAGCUUUGGAACAGCGAGUACGGCGAGAGCGAUGCUACAGGCCAGCGGCUGGUGAGCAAUCUCAUGUUGGACUUUAGAUGGCUAAAGCCCACUGCUUGGGUAUAUUGGCAGGUCUUGGACGGUGGAGGAUGGGGCGUGAUCGAUGCUGACAACGAUGCUCUAACGAUUGGAUCUGCCAACCAAAAAUACUUUGCCUUGGCUCAAUUUACUAGACACAUUCGUCCUGGAAUGGUCAUCCUUGACGGCGGCAGUUCGAACACAGUCGCAGCCUACGAUUCUUCCGCUAGAAAGCUGGUCAUCGUGGCGGUCAAUUGGGACAGCGCACAAUAUCUGAACUUUGAUCUUUCCAAGUUCACCCAGCCAGGGGUCAACGGUGCACUCGUACGGCGUUGGAGUACUCAGCUCACAAGCGGGAACCGAUACGUUGCCGCCAGUGACACCUACAUCAGCGGUACUAAGUUUUGGUCAUACUUCAGUACGGGGGCCGUUCAGACUUUUGAAGUAGACAACGUCAUUCUAUAG